AUGGGAAAUGAUCGUACGACCUAUGUCCACUUUAAAGGUAAGUUCAACAUCUCGGUCAUCAGUGUCUAUGCUCCAACUCUGUCGGCAAAUGACUGCCAUAAAGAUAAAGAUAAAUUCUAUGCGGAGCUUCAACUGACAAAGUCUCAACCGAAACAUAACAUGGUCAUAAUCGCGCUCGUAAGUCAUGCUGCCGUUACGAUGAAUUCGGUAAUUGGUAAAUAUGGCAUUCGGGGUUCAAUGCAACAACAGAGAACCCCUUCUUUAUCUAGACAUUUAGUCGCGUGGAAUUCUCCGGAUAACCAAUAUUCCAAUCAGAUUGACUAUAUAUUGGUCAAUCACCGCUGGAAGAGUUAUGUACUUGAUAGUCGUUCUUAUCGAAACUGGUAA